UAUCGUGCACUAUCAGAAAAUCAUCUAAGCAAAUCAAACACUAUAAUCAAAACUCACAAUUUCAAGUUACGUAAUUUUCCAAAAUCCCAUUUAGAGAAAAGAGAUGGCUUUGAUUCCAAGUUUAUUUGGUGGUAGAAGGAGCAAUAUUUUCGACCCGUUUUCACUUGAUAUAUUUGAUCCAUUUGAGGGCUUUCCAUUUUCAGGCACUGUUGCUAAUGUUCCAUCCUCUGCUCGUGAAACCUCAGCUUUUGCAAAUGCAAGAAUUGAUUGGAAAGAAACCCCAGAUUCCCAUAUCUUCAAAAUGGAUGUUCCAGGGAUUAAGAAAGAGGAAGUGAAAGUUGAAGUAGAAGAAGGAAGAGUGUUACAGAUCAGUGGGGAGAGAAGCAGAGAGCAAGAGGAGAAGAAUGACACGUGGCAUCGUAUGGAAAGGAGCAGUGGCAAGUUUAUGAGAAGGUUUAGGCUGCCAGAAAAUGCAAAAAUGGAGGAAAUUAAGGCUGCUAUGGAAAAUGGAGUGCUUACUGUAACUGUACCAAAAGAAGAAGAGAAGAAACCUGAAGUGAAAGCUAUUGACAUCUCUGGUUAAAAAUAAUUAGAGUUUAAGGUUGUUGUACUUGUGUGUAAUUAUGUGUGUUUAGUGAAUAAUCUUAAAAUGUCUGUUGAAAGUUAUUUUGGGUAUUUUUAGUGUUAAGUUUGUAAUGCGAAUUAAGGUCUAUAUAAUUUUAUCUUCAAAAGGGUUGUGGAUUUCUAAUUUUGAGUUGUACUAGUACUAGUAAUCAAGAGGAUCAUGUUAAGAGUGUUGAUUUUGUAUAAAUAAAUAUUUGAUAAUCUUGUGUUUUUA